AUGGAGUCAAACGGUACGAACACGUACACCCACGUUCGGGUCUGGGCGUCUGCUGUGGACUUUGUGAUAUUAUUUUUCUUUAAUCUGAUUAUAAACUGGACCAUAGUGCGGGAGGAGCGCCUGCGCGGCCAUGCGCGCUUCGUCCUGGUCUUCCACCUGUUGCUCUCCGCCACCGUUUACUUCGCCGUGUGCUUCGUCUUCUACCUGCAGAUUCACGUUCAGGCGAGACUGACCGCUCCAGCAUGUGCAGCUCUCAUCACAGUGCUGACCACCAGCGCCUCCAACAUCCUCCUCACCAUCACCGCCAUGGCGCUGGACCGCUACUUGGCUAUUUGUUUCCCGCUCAAAUACAACAGCGUGCGCGUCAGGCACUGGCCCUGGCUCCUGGGGGCGCUCACCUGGGCCCUCGCCUCCAUCAUCCCGCUCAGCAUUUUCCCUAAAGUCAGAAACAAAGCCAACGACCUCAAUGGUACUUGUGACCGCAGUCAGCUAAAAGGAGGAGAAGUACAUAAAAUCGUGCUCAUCUCCAUCUGCACUGUACUCAUCCUGUACAGUUAUGUGCGCAUCCUGUGUGAGGGGCGCCGCCUGGGAGUACUGAACCGGAGGAACCGCGCCGGCUGCAGGACCAUCACCUUGCAUGGAGCGCAACUUGCCGUCUACAUCAUCCCAAACUUUCUUAACUUUUUGUUACACGUGUUACUAAACAAAGAAGUGAUCGCGAUGUCCACCAAGGAGCUGUUCGCCGUGAUCACGUUCGUCUUCUUCAGCCUGGCGCAGUGCAUCGCGCCAAUCGUGUACGGACUGCGCAAAGAGGAGCUGCUGGUGCACCUGCGCCUGCGCUUUCCCUGUUUAUCCUGCAGACUGAAAAGCCUGCUGGAGUGGACCGUUAACAUCAACCGGCCUCCACACCAAUCCAGGCAACGGGAGAGAAGAAUGACAACAGAGACACUUCUAUCAAGGGAGCUCUCUCAUACCUCUGUGUGAAUAGGAACAUACCACUGAACGGAUGGAUAUGGAUGCAAUAAAUACAGCUAAAGACUACAUUUCCACAGUAUUUACAUGAGCCGAACUGAGAAACGUAACCGAUUCCCAAUGAUGGACUUACUAAGCAUUCUCGUUGUGAACUACAUGGCAGCUAUGUGAAGCGGAAAGCCUAAACGCAGCACUGCAAACUUUUGGAGUACGAUAUUGGAGAACUAUUUUGGAGAACUGAUGGAUCUUUAUUCACAUGACUGAGAAUUAUUUGUAUUGAAUUGUUAAUGCAACGGAAAAUAAUUAAAAGAAGUACACAACGCUGAUUACAUAAAAUCAACUUUUAAAAUCUAUAACUUUCCUAUUUACCUAGGCAAACCUGCAGGUUUAAAUGCCACUCUGAUAUAAGCUGUCACAUUGAUAAAACUGAAUUGAACUGGUUUUCUAAAGAUAACCUUGGGAAGGUAGAGCAAACAUUACUGUCAGCAUUCUUGUGGACACUUAAAAUUGUCAUUUGCUAAGGGGACUUACUCUGAAGUCCCUAUAACGAGUGAGUAUAUACACCUGUAUAAAAGUUAGUUGUAAUACUAAAUUUAUACACACAUCAAGGGAUAAAUAUGAAUUCCCUUUAAACGU